UUCCCUUUCCAACACUGGGCCAAAGCUUUGAUAGUGUGCCAAUCAGUAAACAUUUCAAGCUUUCAUCUUGAGUGGAUUGUUAACAGUGCAGAGGUGAACCAGUUUUUGCACCUGGAAAGGAACAUGAUCCUGAGUUUAGGAGUGGAGAGUUUUCCUGACUGAACCGACCGAGACUAACAGACAAGAGCAGCACAGCUCCUCAGCUCUUCAGCUCCUCAGCUUUUCUAAUACAAUCCACACAGCAGUCAGAGAGGAGAGAGGAGCAGAGGACUGAGAGCACAGACACCUGGCUUAGCAAUGGCUUCUCCUGCUUCACCAGAUGUUUAAUGGACUUUGAUCUUGAACCAGGUUCCACCAGGCCGUGAUCUAUCCUUUCAAUCAGACGCUAAUUAAAGAAAAAAGGAGCGGACUGUCCCUCGCUUCCCUGCUCGCUGGCUGAGGGAGGCACGGGCUGAGUGACAAAGGCGAGAGAGGAGAGCACAGAACGAGGGAGCCGGAAACAAAGGAAAGAUGAAGAGGUUCUGCUGUUGCUGUUCUCCGUCUGCUCAUCACUGCAUUCUCUCCAUCUUCUCUGGACAGCUUUGAAGCUCAGCGUGUGCACAGAUCCUAGCGGCGGCUGUGCUUUCCCGGCUUUCAGAGUUUGUGCCAGAGUCUGAGGAAGUGUUGCUCAGAGAGACGGAGUGUGCGAGUGUGUGUGUGUGUGGGAGCAUCGUCUGCUGGCAGCUGUAGUGCCCUCUCCACCACGCACGUUCAAAGCUGGCGAUGUCCAGGGUCCCGAGUCCGCCCCCUCCAGCUGAAAUGACCAGCGGCCCCGUGGCCGAAAGCUGGUGUUACACACAGAUCAAAGUGGUGAAGUUUUCCUACAUGUGGACCAUCAACAACUUCAGCUUCUGUCGGGAGGAGAUGGGCGAGGUCAUUAAAAGCUCCACCUUCUCCUCGGGAGCCAAUGAUAAGCUCAAAUGGUGUUUGCGGGUGAAUCCAAAAGGGCUGGACGAGGAGAGUAAAGACUACUUAUCUCUCUAUCUUCUCCUGGUGAGCUGUCCCAAGAGCGAAGUGCGUGCCAAGUUUAAGUUCUCCAUCCUCAAUGCCAAGGGGGAGGAGACCAAAGCCAUGGAGAGUCAGCGAGCCUAUCGCUUUGUUCAGGGCAAAGACUGGGGUUUCAAAAAGUUCAUAAGGCGGGACUUCCUGCUGGACGAGGCCAAUGGGCUACUGCCGGACGACAAACUGACACUCUUCUGUGAGGUGAGCGUGGUGCAGGACUCCGUGAACAUCUCUGGGCAGAACACUAUGAACAUGGUGAAGGUUCCAGACUGCAGACUGGCUGAUGAGCUGGGCGGACUGUGGGAACACUCUCGCUUCACCGACUGCUCGCUCUGCGUAGCUGGACAGGAGUUCCAAGCACACAAAGCCAUCCUGGCAGCUCGCUCUCCAGUUUUCAGUGCCAUGUUUGAGCAUGAAAUGGAGGAGAGCAAAAAGAAUCGGGUGGAGAUUAAUGACGUGGAGCCAGAAGUGUUCAAGGAGAUGAUGUGCUUCAUCUACACUGGCAAAGCACCCAACCUGGACAAGAUGGCCGACGAUUUACUCGCUGCUGCCGACAAGUAUGCUCUGGAGCGUCUGAAGGUGAUGUGUGAGGAUGCUCUGUGUACGAGUCUGUCUGUGGAGAACGCAGCAGAGAUCCUGAUCCUCGCUGACCUGCACAGUGCUGACCAGCUCAAGACACAGGCCGUCGACUUCAUCAACUACCAUGCGUCAGACGUGAUGGAGACAUCGGGCUGGAAGUCCAUGGUGGCGUCGCACCCUCAUCUGGUGGCCGAGGCUUAUCGCUCCCUCGCCUCGGCUCAGUGCCCCUUCCUGGGCCCUCCCCGCAAACGCCUCAAACAGUCAUAGGGCCCGCCUCCCCGUAGCCUUUCCUUCCUAAACACCCCCACAGGACUGCCCGCAUGGAGGCGCCAUUCUUAAAUUUAACCUUAACCUCUAAAUACACCCCCUGGUAGGGAUUCUAGCCAACCCUUGACCCUGAGGUAAGUGUCCUGUAGCGUCCCUUUUCCCUUUCCGACCUUAUACCAGCCCUAAAUGCCCCCAGAAAUAAGAAGAGAAAGCGCGAGAGAAAAAGAGAGAGACAGAGACCCUUUUGGCUCUCUUGGCUCUGGUUCUUCUUCUUGAUUUCCAGCAGAGAGUUCGUCCAUAGUGGCAAAGCGAAAGUAGCUGAGGGCGUUCCCUUCUCCCAAGCUAUUCCCUCUUCGGAACUUCAAAACUUCGGAACUGUAUCCCACCUGCCCUGCUAACCCAGGAUGAGAGAGAGAUUUCCUGGCUACAGUUUUGUAGGGAUUGGACGAAUGAAUGGUUGGACAAAUGGGUGAGAAAGGAGAUAGAUUGAUGCCUUUUUGAUGGAACUGUUAUAUAUAUAAAUAUAUAUAUAUACAGAUACAGGACACAAGCUGUAUUGACCAUGGUCUGCUCUGUGGACUGUGACCUUUACCCACUGUCCCCCUGUGAUGGACUCUCCCUCACUGUGUGAGUGUGUGUGUGUGUGUGUAUGCGCAUCUUCGUAUCCAUUUUGUCGGUGGCAGACGAAGGAAUUUCUGUCGGACGUCUGACGAAAAAGGACUGAGCGACAAACAAACAAACAAACAAAAAAAGACAACAACUAAAGUUGUUGGUGGAGGACUGCAGAGCUUUUCCAUAGGUAGCUUGUCUCUUAUGAUGACGUCAUCAGCAUUUUCUUCAGAUGUUCCAGUAGGUCCUGUGUCUAUUUUUUGAUAAUGUCCCUUCCCUUGUCGUAGUUUGCACAAGGCCAGGAUGGCCGUGGAAAGAGAACGAGUCUUAAACAGAACUCUACUUGCUAGUCUUGGCUUUCUUGACAAGCGACGAAAGAAGAAGACCAUCAUCUUUCACGUACGUCUCCGUCUCCUUCAGAGAGGCUGUGAUUGGCCAGAUGGACGGAGGAGAGUUGAAAGCGGGGGAAUGUGGAAAUGUGUAAAUAUAUGAGGGUUAAUUUCUUUUAUUUGAUGUUAAUUUGAGGUUUUCUCCUCCUUGUAGCACUUGUGUAUUUAAACCCAGGCUUUCUGUAUGAAAACGAAAAUGACAUAAAAAAAAACACCAGAAAACAAAAGAUUCUACAAAUAAACCUGGCUGUGCUUA